AUGUCGCUCGAAAACUACACUAUCACCAUUCUUGGUUGUGGAACCAUUGGUACUGCAAUGCUAUCUGCAAUGUUGAAAACCAAGUUCGAGCCAUAUCCUUCCAGAAUCGUUUGUUGCACAAACUCUGAAAAAUCAGCUUUGAAAUUAAAGGAAACCUAUGGCGAGCAAAUCGAAACUUCGUUCGGACCAGCCAAUAACGCCAAGGCGGUUGGCGAAGCAAACAUCCUCAUACUCGGUUGCAAGCCUUUCCUCUGUGAGCAAAUCUACAACCAGGUCUCGAGCAAAUUGACCGGCGACCAGAUCGUUAUCUCUCUGCUUGCAGGAUGGUCUAUUGAACAAUUGAGCGGAUGGUCCUCCAACGCCCGCAAAAUCGCCCGUGUCAUGACAAACACCCCUGCCAAGUUCGGUGCUGGUAUCGCUGUGGUCUCUUUCUCCGAGGAGUGUCAAGAACACGAGGACCUCGUGAUGAACUUGGUUGGUGGUGUUGGAACCGCCAUCAAGUUGCCUGAAAGAAACCAGGACGCUGCCACCGCCUUGGUUGGUUCCGGUGUUGCUUUCUCCCUGCUGUUCAUGGAGGCUCUUGCCGAGGGAGGUAUUAGAAUGGGUAUUCCUUCUGCUGUUGCUUUGGAGUGUGCUGCCAAGGUGAUGGAAGGCACUGCCAAGAUGGUUUCCGAGACAGGUCAGCACCCAGGUGCAUUGAAGCUGGCCACUUGCACUCCGGGUGGAACCACGAUCGGUGGAUUGCUGGUGAUGGAGGACAAGAACGUCAGAAGCGGAGUGAGUCGUGCUGUUGAGGAAGCUACCAACAUUGCUGCUCGUCUCGGUAAGAAAUGA